AUGGUUAAAGUAGCGUUUCUAGGACCAAGAGGUACUUAUACUCAUCAAGCAGUUAUUCAAGAGUUUGGUGAAGAUAUAGAGAUCUAUCCACAACCAACUAUUGAUCAAUGUUUUGAAAUAUUGAAUUCAGGAGAUGUAGAUUAUUCUAUUGUCCCAUUUGAAAAUUCAACUAAUGGUCAAGUUAUAUUCACUUAUGAUUUAAUUAGAGAUUGGUAUUUCCAAAAUAAUGAACCAAAAUUUAAGAUUGUUGGUGAACAAUUUGUUUCUAUUCAUCAUAAUUUAUUAUCUAAAGAGUUAGAUAUCAAUAAUAUCACUAAAAUUUAUUCACAUCCACAAGUUUGGGGUCAAGUAUCGAGUUUUUUAAAAUCUCUUGAUAAAAAAGUCAUCAAGUUAGAUACUAAUUCCACUUCUAAAGCUGCUGAGAUUGUUAGUUUAUCAAAUGAAGAGAAUAUUGCAUGUAUUUCAUCAUCAAUGUGUUCAAGGUUAUAUAAUUUACCUAUAAUACAACAUAAUAUUGAAGAUAAUAAAUAUAAUACCACUAGAUUUUUGAUCUUAGGGAAUGAAUGUUUGGAACAAGAACCUUCACCAGCUAAAAAUUAUAUCACAUCAAUUAUAUUCACCAUGAAAGAAGAUCAUGAUCGGAAAUCAGGUUCAUUGUGUUCAAUUUUAAUGGAAUUUCAAAAACAUAAUAUCAAUUUAAUAACUAUUAAUUCUCGACCAUCAAAGCAAAGAAAUUGGCAUUAUGCAUUCUUUGUUGAAAUUGAAGGACAUAUGAAAGAUGAAAAACUUAAUGAAGUAUUAAAGGAAUUAAAAGAAAGAUGUGAAGAAUUAGUAACAUUAGGAAGUUUUGAAAGAAGACACUAA